GGCCACACGAAUAGAGGUCGUAAAGAGAUUUGCUGUGUUGUCACAGAAUACAGAAGAAUUGACAAGACCGACCAGCCGUACGUCUGUCUAAAUUCAAAUGGCCGUUCUUCAGUCAAACAGGGAGAAGAAACUCAGGCUUCAAGAUCUGAACUUGUUCAUUACAUGCAAACUUUGCAGUGGAUAUCUGAUUAAACCGACGACGAUCACGGAGUGUCUUCACACAUUCUGCAGAUCAUGCAUUGUGAGAUACUUACAAGAUAGGGACGACAAUAAAUGCCCCAGUUGCUCGAUUCUCAUUCAUGAAACAAAUCCAUUUGAAAUGCUCAGGUUGGAUAAGACGCUGGAGGAUGUAAUUUACAAACUUCUUCCCGAGCUACAAGCUAACGAGGAAGAGAGAGAACAAGAAUUUUACAGGCAACAAAAUGUCGAGGAGAGAAAGAAAAUAAAGGAAGAACACAUAGAAAAUGGAACGAAUGCUUCCGAUUCAACAGAUUACAAGCCUGCGAGUAAAAGAGUAAAACUCUCGGGAGAUGAAUACGACAGCGGAGCGAACUUCCAUCGUGACGAUCCUCAGAUUGGAGUUUGUCUGGAAUGUCUCUGUGACAACUCAGUUCAAGAGCAGCCGAUAAAAGAGUUGGUACGAAAAUACAUCCGCUGUUCAUCUAGACUGACAAUAGCUCAGGUCAAGAAAUUCCUCAAAGUGAAGCUUGAUCUAAGAACCGCUGACCAAAUCGAAGUGAUGUGUAAUGGAGAAAUUAUGGGCAAAGAUCAUACCUUGGAGUUUGUAUACAUGACUAGAUGGAGAAUAAAGGAGGGAUCUGUCCUCACUCUCCAAUACAGGCCAAGAAUGGAUUUUCUCUGAGUGCAAUACCAGGAUUCAGUUUCUGCAAUAUCAACAACAACAGCGACGUUAAGUCCAAAGCCUCGUAGUUGUUCGAGCAAGUGACCUCUACAGUAGACCAUAAACGCCGAAAAAGUAUAACAGAGCGUACUAAAAUGACCUUGAUACAUUUUUAUAUAUCAAGAUCAUUUUAGUAUUUUAAAUCUUAAAAGAUUUAAAGUACUGUAAUUAUCAUUCAACUACAGAGUAAAAAUGAUAUACUAAGUAGUUCCCAAGAACUUGAAUAAGGUUUUAUCUCUUGAAUCAGGAGGACCUUAUUUGAUGAAAAUGACCCGGUCAAUAGGAGAAGUAAACUCUGUAAAUGUCAUGAUUUACCCUCGUUUGUUGGUUGCCCUAUUAAAGCGUACCUACAAAGACAUCUGGCCACUCAACGAGACCUACAAUUGCAUUGAAAUCUUUCACAAUAUUGACCAAAACCCGGUGGAUUAAAAUCCACAUGCUCAAGUCAGUUAGUAGCAAAUUGUGCACUACCACUGAAAAAUAGUCUUUCUGUACGUAAUAUGAAUGCAAUAAGUUUAAAACUAGAACAUGUAUAGCACGUUGAAAUAAUCGUUCAACCAAAAGAUAAAUAAGUGAUGCGAGUUUUUAAUAAAGAAA